CAGCCUCCCCCCCCGCUCUGCUCGAGGUGCAUUGUGGGGAGGAAAGUCGUUGCCAUUCGACCUCUGCGGGGCCUGCGCGGACGCAGCGAGAACCCUGAAAUUCAUUAUGCGUUUAAAACCUUUAUUUAUUUCCGCAUAACCUACAUACUCUCACCGGGAGGGCCAAGCGGAGAAAAGAAACGACAGCGUGCCAUCGCUUUCGGGGAAAGACAUCGCUUUCAAAUACACUGUUUUUUGUUGGAGGGUAGACACUGUUGGCAAAGUGAAGAUAGUAGAUAUAAAGAGAAAAUGUCCGGUGAGAGAAAUCGCAGGUCUUUGGCUUUCCGAGGAGGUGGAUCAGCUGGGUUAACGGGCUCCAGUGGCAUCGGUGGGGGGAACUGUAACAGCUGGGAGGCCCCGGCCUGUCAAGACCGACAUUUUAACGGGAAUAGGCCGGAUCAAGAGGACGACAGGGAUCUGGGGGCGAAGGGACCGUCGCAGAAGAGAGUGGAGGGCGCUGGGUCUGUCAGCGACAGCACGGAGCCCGAGGCGGAGGAGGAAGAGGACCCGGAAGGGGGCAUCUGGGCACCCGGGGACGAUCGUGUGGGUUCGGUUGAACGAGACGACGGGUUUGGGGAGGGAAAUAGCUGGACAGCGGGGAACGGUCCCACCAACAACACUGAAGAAGGACAAGAGUCUCGGAGCGUUGUGAGGGGAGGCGAGACUGGUUCCAGGAAAUCUGGGGUAGAGAUGAGACCGCAGACACUGCUCCAGAAACACUCACUGUUCAACGCUUCGUGGCUGCAAGAUUUCCCAUGGCUCAAAUUCUGCACAGAGACGGGACUCAUGUCUUGUUCUUGGUGCCACAACAUUGCCACUAAAAACAGCGACGAGCUCGUCAAAGGGAGCCGUAACUACAAGCGGGCCUUGCUGCUGAGACAUCACCUGUCUUCCGAGCACGGGAGAAAUGACCCCACCAAACAGGAGACUGUGAGACCAUCAGAAAACACCAGCCCCUCCACUAACUGCUCAGAGGAUGACUACCGCAACAAGGCCAACGAAAACUCCUACUGUUACCAGCUUCUACAAGAGUUGGACAAACAGCGCAAAAGUGGCAUCCUCUGUGAUGUGAACAUAGUUGUCUCUGGCCAGGUGUUCCGUGCACACAAGAACAUCCUGGUGGCGGGCAGCCGUUACUUCAAAACUCUCUACUGUCUGACCAAGAGCGAGGCACAGGACCAAGCCACUGUCACACACCUUGACGUCGCUGCCGUGCAGGGCUUCUCAGUUAUCCUCGACUUUCUUUACUCUGGAAAUUUGCUGCUCACAAGCCAAAAUGCCAUUGAGGUGAUGACUGUUGCAAGUUACCUCCAAAUGACAGAGGUUGUACAGUCGUGCAGGGCUUUUAUAAAGGAUGCCCUCAAUAUCAGCAUUAAGCAAGAGGCUCCUGAUUCGGUGGUGGUGGACUACAACAAGAGGCAAACCGUGGCCAAACAGGGACAGCGAGGGCUGGACCGGAAACCAAGCAAUUUUUGGGCCACAAGUAUCCUGUCAAAGCUCUCAAUCAAGGCGAGUGGCAACCAAGUCAAGGGUGCAAUUGAAGAAGAUGAUAUUAAUGGCAGGGUAAAGGAGGAGACUAGUGAUGUAGAGGUGACGGCGGCUGAGGGCUGUGCCCUUGUGACCCCUGGGGCCUCUGGUAACUGGACCCACCACAAUGACACCUCAUCUGAUUCAGCAGAGACCAAUGACAUCCGGGCGGCAAGUGGCCAGACGCAGGUCUUCGUCUGGAACGAGCCGGUCGCAGGGGGGACCGCGGCAGCACCCGCAGCAAUAAAGCGAGAGGCAACGGAUGCUGCCGCGGGAAGUGGGCGGAGGAAAAAACAGACCACCACGAGGCGAUUCGUCUACAACUUCCAGCCAGAGCCUGAAGAAGGAUUUGAUGAGGGGAUGUUCAUCCAGCCAUCGGCCUCCUACCCAAGAGAGGACUUCUCCUCACUCUCAGAAAAUGCGGAGCUGGCCAAUCAGAUCCAGUAUAGCAUCAUGCAAGACUUACAGCAAGGCGAGUCCUGGGAGAAUGGCGAGGCCUCGCACUUAGCCCUCAAUAAGCUCAAGUGCCCCCACUGUAACUACAUCGCCAAGCACCGCCGCACACUCAAGAGGCACCUGAUCAUCCACUCAGGUGUGCGCUCCUUCAGCUGCGACAUCUGCGGCAAGCUGUUCACCCGCCGCGAGCAUGUAAAGAGACAUUCCCUGGUGCACAAGAAAGACAAAAAAUACAAAUGCAUGGUCUGCAAGAAGAUCUUCAUGCUUGCAGCCAGCGUCGGCAUCCGCCAUGGGUCGCGGCGCUACGGCGUGUGCGCUGAUUGCGCCGACUCACACCAGGCCACUCAGGAGGGCAUGGAGUUUCCCCGCGACGAGGACUUCGACGGUGAGGAAGCAGAGGACGUGGAGGGAGAGGAGCCCACCGACAACGACCAAUCAAACUGGGGCGAGGGCAACGCUGCUGCCGCCCCGGAGGAGGACUAUGAAGUCUAAACAAGCUUGAGAAACAAAUCUGAAAAAAAGUUGAUGUUUAAUAUAUAUAUCUGUAGAUAUAUCUAUAUCUAUAGAUAUAUAGAAAAAGAUAUAUAUGUACACAAAACCUAGCUGAUAAACAAUCAACUCCAAAGUGCUAUCAAACCUCGAGGUUACUUAAUUGUGCAAGUACACAACAAAGAGAUGAUUUUUUUUUUUUUUUAAAGCUUUGUUGGUAUGGGAACUCCACGAUGUACAGAUUUUAUUAUUAAUAUUAUUAUUAUUGUAAUGUGUCCAACUCUGGGCCCAGCGCCUAUAAGAGAAUGAUUCUAAUGACGAAUUAUAUGAUGAAUCAGGUUUUUGGUGAUGUAUUUUUUUUUUCCUGUUUGUUUUUGGGGUGCAAGUUGGGCAGGGUGUUAUAAUUUUUAUUUUCCUUUUCAAGUUGAGGUAGGCCAAUCAUCGAAACAAAGAAAUGUUAAUUAUUUAAUUUAUGAAAAGAGCUUAUUAUGGUCUUAUUAAAUAGUAUAAUUAGUUUUUCUGUUUUUCUUUUUUCUGUGUGCGCGAGCAAUCUGAAAGUGUGUUGCUGAAAGCUCACAGACGAAGAGCAUUAUCGUCCACAGGUAGAGUGAUACAUGCUCUGUAGAUCUUGUUUAGACGCGCUAAAUAUUAUAUUCGUUUGUUUUUUCUUUUUCUGAUUUCCUUUACCUGCAAAAAUCUUGGAACCAAAAAAUCUGUUUUGUGACUCUAAUGUAUCACAGCCAUAUUUAUGAUUAAUUUAAAUAAAAAAAAAAGGGCUGUGAUAUUGUGCCAAACAGACCGCACACCAAGAUUUAGCAGGAAACAAAAACUACUGAAUAUACUUAAAAGAAAAAAAAAAGACAACAUUGGGUUUGUUGUUUUAAAUAGGGUGGGGGAAAAAAAUGAAAAAGAGGGGAAAUGUUAUUGCUAGCUUUAUACAAAUCACAGCGUCACAGUAACACUUUAUUAUUAUUAUUAAUAAACAAAAGCAUUUGACUUUCACUUAAAGCUUGAAUUUUUGCCAAAUGACGAAACGUUUGGUGCUGUAAUGCUUGUCGCAGAAUACUGGACCUACAGGCUAUAUAUGAUGUUUAUAAUCAUAAAGGCUUAAACUGACUCAGUUAUGCAUAUGUAAUCAGCUUGAUCUAUAGAACACUGUUGUGCUACGGCGACUAUCAGGUAUGCUUUUGCCAUUGUUUUGAAGCUUUUUAUUUUUAAUUUAACGCGCACACACACACACACACCAUUUUAUUUGUUUGUUUUGUAAAACUACCAACUGUACUUGUGAUCGCCAUCUUGAGGACCUAAAUGGACAUCGGUUAUCUGUUUAUUUUUGGUACUGAGGUUGAAAGCUAAAAAACACACACACACACACACAUAUAUAUAUAUAUUUUUAAUCACAUGAACGUUGGUUUGUGAUGGGGCGGGGUCAGAAAUGUGCAGGAAUUAAUGACGUGUGAUGUUUUAAGUCUAAAAUAACUCCAUUUUGCAUUUUUUAAAGUAAUGUCAUCAGUCUAAUUUGUCUUUUUGAGCGUGUGUAAGUUUAUAAUUUCCUACUUUUUUUGUUUUUUAGGUCUGCCAGGUAGAAAACACUUUGUUCCAUAAAAAGUGAAGCUCUAUGGCGCCUCAUAGACAUGCACUUACUUUUCAUGAAAAGAGUCUUCUUUUUAUGUUUGUGUCUCACCCAAAAGUGGGUCUGAAUGGAACUAUAUAAAAACUGUUGUCUUUCUUCCAGUCGCAUCUUUCUAUUUUAAUUAGAUGUCCUGUUUUUGUUAUUUAAUAUUAUAUAUCUAUAUAUAUAUAUAUAUAUAUAUAUCUUUAUAGAUGUGUGUUUAUAUAUAUAUAUAUAUGUAUGUAUACACAUCUAUAUAUAUAUAUAUAUAUAUAUAUAUACAUAUACAUAUAUAUAUAUAUAUAUAACUCCAAAAUGCAAUCAAAACUGUUAAUUUCUAUUUGUCCAACCAAAAGUUUUUAUUAAUUGUUGGAAUAUAAUGUAUGCGGAAAAGCCAGGUGAAUACUUGCUUAGUGUAGGAAAAAAAUCCUUACUCGUUUCUGUAACUGUUGAGAUUUUUAAAUGUUUUUACGCUUCAAAAUCAUUCACUUUAACUUGCUUUUAUUUUCUUUUGGUCUUUUCCACUUUUGUUUCCUCCUUUGUUUCACCAAGCACAUGUUUUGUAAAGAAGCACCGAUUGUUUUGCGGGUUUAAACCUUGGAACAGCAGUAUCUGUUCAUAUGCAGUGGAAUUAUACAGUAUGUAUUGAAGUGCUAAUGAUACCGAAGAUGUGUAACUUCCUUUUAAAGCUCAGUGGAAGAUAUAUUUUAAAUCAUAGAGAUAACAUCCUCUUUGUGUCACUUUUUACCUUCAAGUCACAGUGUGAGAGGUUAUGUUGCAGGUAUAUAUAUAUAUAUAUAUAUAUAUAUAUGUUGAUAAUAUAGAAGAUAUAUAUAUGGAAUUAAGGGGACACAGUCAGCCACAAACCUCCUGCUGUGGUAACCUUUAACCUUUUGCUUUCUCCGUUCACGCCGCGUGCUCGUUCAUCUCGCCAUCUGUCAUGUUUGUUCUUUUGAUACUAUUUACCAUCCUACUGAUUUUACUGUAAUGAAUGAAACUCAAAAGCUAUGAUGUAUCAUGAUAGAUUUCAUGCUGUAUUUGUUAUAUGGACAAAAAAAACAAAGCAAAAACACUACAGAUGUAAAGCAGAGUUUUUUUUUCCCCAGCUGUAUUUUUUUACGCUGUUGCAAAAAGAAAAAAAAAAAAAGGUAUUUUUCAACUCUUCUCUCUCUCUCGAAUUUUAACAGUGAUGCAAAACCCGGGGCCGCGCCUCAGUGCCCUUUAUUCCGAACACGAAGCAAAUUCAGGUUACUCUUUUUACGUUUUUAUCAAAAGUUUUCAAAGAUGGAACUACAUUUUCCUUUUUUCUGUCUGAAUUGUACUACUGUUCCUCUCUACUACAUUUUACGAAUAAAACUUUGAUAUUGCUUUAA